UGUGUUUGUGUGCGUCUCUUUCUGUGUGUCUGUCCUUGUGUGUGUCUCUCUGUGUGUGUCUGUGUUUUUGUCUGUCUGUCGCCUUGUGUGUCUGUGUGUGCGUCUGUCUGUGACGUCUGUGUGUGUGUUUGUGUGCGUCUCUUUCUGUGUGUCUGUCCUUGUGUGUGUCUGUGUCUUUGUCUGUCGCUUUGUGUGUCUGUGUGUGUGUGUCUCUCUGUGUGCGUCUGUCUGUCUGUCUCUGGUUGUCUGCGUGUUUGUGUUUGCGUCUCUGUCUGUGUAUUUGUCUCUGUGUGUGUGUUCGCUUUGUGUGUCUGUUAGUGCGUGUGUCUGUCUGUGUACGUCUGUGUGUGUGUUUGUGUGUCUCUUUCUGUGUGUCUGUUCUUGUGUGUGUCUAUCUGUCUGUGUGUGUCUGUCUCUCUCUCUGUGUGUGUGUGUGUGUGUGCUCGUCUCUCUGUGUGUAUUUGUCUGUGUCUCUCUCAGUGUACGUCUUGUUCCGUCUCUGUUUCUGUCUCUCUGUGUCUUUCUCUGUCUUUUUGUCUCCUUGUAUGUGUGUGUGUCUGUGUGCGUGUAUGUAAAUCUAUCUCGUGUGUUUGUCUGUGUCUGUGUUUUUGUCUGUACGUCGCUUUGUGUGUAUCUUUGUGCGUGUGUCUGUCUGUCUGUCCCUGUUUGUCUGUGUCUCGUUGUCUCUAUCGGACGCUCUCUCGAACGACCGAAAGUGAGCACGGUGGAAGAGCAUAUCGACCUCCUCCCACUCAUCAGACGCAUGAAUGUUCUCCGCCUGCGGUCUGCUCGGUAUUGGACGCGAGUCCCACCACCGGCAAGCAGCCAUCGGCUACGAGUCCUGUGUGCAAGAAGCACUUCCGCGACGGAGACUUUCGCUACUGA